CCGCUCCCCCUCCGCAGCGCCGCGCCCCGCCCCGCGCUCCCGCCGCACGGCGGCCGGCAGACAGCGGGCAGGCAGCUUGCGGGCGGCGGCCGGGCGGGCAGCGGCCGCUGCGGCGUGGGGCCGCGCCCGGGAGGCGGUGGCGGUGGAGCGGGCUGAGGUUCUGAAUUGUGCCUGAGCAGAGUGCUGACAGCAGCCCCCGAAAGCAGCAGCAAGGUGACCAGCGGCCAUGACGACGGAGACAGGCCCUGGUUCGGAGGUGAAGAACGCGCAGGAGGAGGCUCCGCAGCAGCAGCUGGAGGCGGCCGCACACGGUCCCACCGCCGCAGCUGCCAGCCCCGCCGGCCGGGACGCUGAGGCCAACCAGAAGGCUGGGGCACAGUCCGAUGCCCGAAAUACGGAGCCGGGCACAGAGAUGGAGGAGAAGGACUACAGUGAGACGGACGGGCUCUCUGACAAAACAACCCCCAGCAAGACCCAGAAGUCACCCCAGAAAACCACCAAGAAAGUGAAGAGUGCUCUCUGCAGAGUGACCCUGCUUGAUGCUUCUGAGUACGAAUGUGAGGUGGAGAAGCAUGCUCGAGGCCAGGUCCUCUUUGACCUGGUGUGUGAGCACCUCAACCUCCUGGAGAAGGACUACUUUGGCCUCACCUUCUGCGACUCAGACAGCCAGAAGAACUGGCUGGACCCCUCCAAGGAGAUCAAGAAGCAGAUCCGCAGCGGGCCCUGGAACUUUGCCUUCACUGUGAAGUUUUACCCUCCAGACCCUGCCCAGCUCACGGAGGACAUCACAAGAUACUACCUGUGCCUGCAGCUCCGUGCAGACAUCAUCACGGGGCGCCUGCCAUGCUCCUUUGUCACACAUGCCCUGCUGGGCUCCUACGCUGUGCAGGCUGAGCUGGGUGACUAUGAUGCUGAGGAGCAUGUGGGCAACUACGUCAGCGAGCUCCGCUUCGCCCCCAACCAGACGCGCGAACUGGAGGAGCGCAUCAUGGAGUUGCACAAGACCUACCGGGGAAUGACCCCCGGAGAAGCGGAGAUCCACUUCCUGGAGAAUGCCAAGAAGCUCUCUAUGUAUGGGGUAGACCUGCACCAUGCCAAGGACUCAGAGGGUAUCGACAUCAUGCUGGGUGUCUGCGCCAAUGGCCUCCUCAUCUACAGGGACCGGCUGAGGAUCAACCGCUUUGCCUGGCCCAAGAUCCUCAAAAUUUCCUAUAAGAGGAGCAACUUCUACAUCAAGAUUCGCCCGGGUGAGUACGAACAGUUUGAGAGCACCAUUGGCUUCAAGCUGCCCAACCACCGCUCUGCCAAGCGUCUCUGGAAGGUCUGCAUAGAGCAUCACACCUUCUUCAGGCUGGUGUCCCCAGAGCCACCGCCCAAGGGCUUCCUGGUGAUGGGCUCCAAGUUUCGCUACAGCGGGCGGACGCAGGCGCAGACACGGCAGGCCAGCGCCCUCAUCGACCGCCCGGCUCCCUUCUUUGAGCGCUCCUCCAGCAAACGGUACACCAUGUCUCGCAGCCUUGACGGAGAGUUCUCGCGCCCAGCCUCCGUCAGCGAGAACCACGACGCUGAGGGUGAGAAGCAGGAUGAGGAUGGUGAGUUUGGCAGCAGGAGACGGUCCGAGAUAGAGGAUGAGGAGGUGACCACCCCGACGAAAAUCAAGGAGCUGAAGCCGGAGCACGAAACAACCCCCAGGCACAAGCAGGAGUUUUUAGACAAGCCAGAAGAUGUUUUACUGAAGCAUCAGGCCAGCAUCAAUGAGCUGAAACGGACCCUGAAGGAGCCCAACAGCAAGCUGGUUCACAGGGACCGGGACAGGAGGCUGCCUUCUUCACCAGCCUCUUCCUCACCCAAGCAUGAGGAUGAAACACCAAAGGGAACCCCAGAAAAGGCCAGCGAGACGAUGGAAGAGGACACCCUAGACGAUUUUGCAUCUGAGCAUGGAGCUUCCCUAAGCAUGGAGUCUUUCACGCAGAAAAGCCUUGUCUCUUCUCCUGAGGGCUCGGAGCACUGGGUAUUUAUAGAGAGAGAAAGUCCUAGGCUGGAAGUGGUAGCUCUAAAGAAAGUUCUGGGAGUCAAGAAAGAAGAAGCACGUGCAGGUACCUCAGAGGUGGAAAUGAGUGCGAGCAUAUCGAAAGUGGAGGUGGCAGUAGGUAAAGCCAAGGAAGUGGCAGGCCAGCAAGAGCCAGCAGAUGCAGCCCUGGAUACCCGGACGAGAGCAAAAAUGAUCGCUAGUCCAGAGGAUUUUGAGUCUGUCUGGGAGGAUGAGAUCUAUGAGAAGGAAACCAGGGGGGAGCCCAGCCAGGAGGCAGAGUGCCUGCCAGCUGAGAGCUCAGAGAAAGAGCCCCAAGAGCAGAGUGAGGAAGCAACUGCCAGUGAGCCAGGUCUGCCCAAGCCAUGUCAGCAGCCUGAAGAGAGGCAAAGGGCCAAGAUUUUGAGGCCAGAGCCUCCCCAGGGAGAAAGCAAAGCGGUCUCCAAGGAGCAUGCUUCUGCAGCCCCCAGGAUGCAGGAGGCCAGAGUGCCAGCCACAGACCUUGUUAAAAUUAAAGUGAAGGCUAGUGACGACAGCUCAGAGACUUCUGCAACCCAGAGGAUCAUCUACUUAGGAGAUCCAGAGGGAGAGGAGAAGGACAGUAAAGCACACCUGCUCUUGGAGACUGGUGGGCAGCUUGGCUUGGAGGAGAGACCAGCAGCCACCACAAACACAUCCGAGGAGAGAUCUGGGCAUGUGGCACCUGUGGCAGAAGGGUUCCAAGCCCCUUCCUCAGCAAGCCAGCAACAGAAGACAGUGUAUGGAAAAUCUGCUGAAGCACUGGAGCAGCCUGGAGCAGGCUGUGAUGGGACCAGCGUGGUGGGACGUCCCAUCUUGAGGCCGGAGGGUUGGCUGCCCCUACAGCAAGAGAAGACAUCUGCUGGGUUGACAGACUGUGAAGAAGCCAAGGUAGGUUCCAGAGAGGUGGGACCAAAUGAGAUGGAGCUGCAAAGCCCAGUGGGAGGCUUGAAGUUGCGUGGCCUGGCAGGAGAUGGCCAUGGGGCUGAGGAGCACAGAGGGAAGCCAGUACAGAGCCCAGACAUCUCUAUGACAAUGGAGGGGCUCUCGGGGGGGACUGGAGCAGACAGCAACAAGAAGGAAAGUGCCAGAGUGGUUCUUCAGAUGGAAGAGAUACAGGCCAAGUCACCUCCAUCAGCUGUGUCUCAGCAAGGCCACCCUCACACCACCGCGGGGUCGAUAGGGGAUAAACCCAGCACUCUUGCUCAUACGCCCUGUCCACAGCAAUCCAGCACUGUCCCUGCAGAGCUGGCUCCAGGCACUGAGCCUGAGGGCAGAGACCCAUCCAGGGGCCCCAGCCCUGUACAACAUGUGGGCUCACCCAAGGACGUAAACCCCUCAGCGGAGGUGGCACGCAAGGAGGCAAGCCCUGUAGGAGGCAAAAGAGCAGCCAAAGAUGUGAUCCCUGUAGCAGAUGUGGCAAUAACCCAGGGCACCAAUCCUGAAUCUGACGAACAACCCCAAGACAUGGGCUUUGCUAUGUGGAAACCACAUCAAUAUGCAAGUCCUGUUGCAGAAGGACCACCCCAAAACACAGAUUCUGUGGGAGGGCCAAUCCAGGUCAGAGACCUGGCCACAGGAGGGGUGGCCCAGGGCGUGGACUCUGUCACGGUGAGAGCAGCCCAGAGCAAAGUCCCUGCCACGGAAGAGCUGCUCCAGAGGGAGAAGCCCAUCAUAAAAGAGCUCUCCCAGGACAUAAGGCCCACAUCAGGGAAGCUGACCAGAGAUGAAGACUGUGGGAUGGAAGAAUUGUCCCAUGUCAAAAGCCCAUGCAUGGAAGAGCUAUCUCCCAAGCCAGAAGAACCAGAAAAACAGACUGAGGCCAUAAUAAGAGAUGUGCCCCAAGAGAGUCUCAGGGCUGGAGGGCUGCUCCACACUGCAGAUCCCAAAGCGCAAGAGCCACCCUGGGACCUGGAGAUUAGUGUGGGACAAGAUCUGCAGGGCAUGAGCCCUACAAUAGGAGAAACCACCAGGGAUAGUGAUCUUGCUUUGGAGCAGCCACUGCAGGAUAAGUCUCCUCCCAAAGAAGCUGACAAUGUCCUGCAAUCCCACUCCCCUGUAGCGGGAUUGUGUCAAGGAAGCAAGACGUACCAGCUCUCUGCCUCGAUCUAUGAGGGUGGGGAAGAGCUGCAAGUGAGCAGUGGGACACAUCAAAUAGAGUCUGGGUUGUUGACAGGUGUUGCUGGGAGGACAGGAGCUGUGUCCCAGGAGCAUGGAGAUGUCACUGUGGCCCCAGGUAGCUGGCAGGAAAGCAAGAGCUACAGGAAAACCUCAGUGGCCUCUAAAAUUAAGAUGUUCGAGCAAAGCGAAACGAGGCGAAGGGCAGCCCAGGAAGGACAAGAAUGCGUGCCUGAAGCUGAGACAUCAGCAAAAUCAAAAGGGAAGACAGGUCUGGCACAGGACAUGCUUUUGAACACAGGCCUUGCCUCAUCACCAGCGGUGCCGGUCACUCCAGUGGGACCUGCGUCCUGUGUGGGCUCCUUGGCCCUCGGGCAGGGGGCUGGUUCAGGAAACACCUCCCAGCCUCGCUCUCUGAAGGGUGAUGUUUCUGUUGACCUGGAGCACGAAGGAGAAGACAGUGCUGACCUGGCCUCCCCUGACUCUGGCUGCGAACUCACACUGGCAGAAGCCGUGAGCAAAUCUCAGGAACCAAGUGGGGAAGAAAAGGAUUUAUCUGACGCAUCAGUAAAAUCCAGCCUGAAAGAAGAGAAUUUAAAGACUGCUGUUCCAGUGGUCUUCCAGAGAGCGGGCUUGAGGGAGGGCACCGAGGAGAAAGCUAAGCCACCUCGGCACAGGGCUCCCGAGAGCGACACCGGCGAUGAGGAGCAGGACCAAGAGAAGGACUCAGUCUUUCUGAAGGACAACCACCUGGCCAUCGAGCGCAAGUGCUCCAGCAUCACGGUCAGUUCGACCUCCAGCCUGGAAGCAGAGGUGGAUUUCACAGUGAUCGGUGACUUCCAUGGCACAGCCUUUGAGGACAUCUCCCGGAGCCUGCCCGAGCUGGACAAGGACAAGAGUGAAAUGGAAGACGAGGCCCUGGUUCCCUUCCAGCACACUGACAAAGUGGUUCCUGGACUGGAAGAGGAUGUCAAAGGCAGGGAGAAGAUCUCUCAGCCCAGCCCAGAUGUCUCCCAGCUAGAGUCACCAGCCCCGAAAACGGAUGCUGUCACCGUUGGCCUGGGGCCAGGCAUGAAGAAGCCUGAAGCAGACGGCUCUGCUCCCCACCGGGUCAGCACCACAGACGCAGCCCAGGUGGAAGGAGGCACCCCAGGCAGCAGGGACACCGCAGCCACUGCUCACGCUGGCACCGCAGAGACAGCACUGCUGGCCUCAGAUCACAGCACCAAGGCCGGGAAAGGGGCUGUUCCCGUGACGGACCUUCGCUCCCUCUCACCGAUCACCAGCAGCUCUGCUGGGAAGGAUGUGCUCACCAGCAUAUUCAGUGCCACCGCAGAAACCCUCUCCACUUCCACCACUACCCAUGUUACCAAGACUGUGAAAGGAGGUUUUUCUGAGACCCGAAUAGAGAAGCGCAUCAUUAUCACAGGAGAUGAAGAUGUGGACCAGGACCAGGCACUGGCUUUAGCAAUCAAAGAGGCAAAACUACAGCAUCCUGACAUGCUGGUAACCAAAGCUGUGGUAUACAGAGAAACAGAACCUUCUCCAGAGGAAAGGGACAAGAAACCUCAGGAAUCUUGACCAACAUGUUCAUGGAAGUCAGCAUCUGCAUUCACACCUGGAGAACAGCGGAGAAGGAGCCUUCAUGCUGGAUUUGUCAGCAAGACAUAGACAUCCUGGCUGCAAUGUUCAUGGCAAGAGACAAAUUUUUUUAAAAAAAAGGAAUAGCAAAUAUAUUAUAUAUAUAUAUACGUACAUAUAUAUAUAUAUAUAUUAAAAAACCAGGAAACAAAAUGCAUCCUUGCACUGCUGCUAUAUGCUGGAAAUGAAUAGCAAACAACACCACCAACAUACAAAGCCAACCCUCUGCAGUUAAAUUGAAGAAUUUACUGGAUUGGUGAUAAAAUAAGAUUUUAAAAAGUCAUAAUAACAAUAAUAUUGUUAGUAAUACAAUAAGCCACCAUCUUGCAUGUUACAUUAAAGCAUACACAAUCGUGAGUUCAUUUGUUGCACACUGAAUGGAAAGGAAAACUGCUUUGCAACAAAGCAAGAAAUAAGCAAACUGAAAUAAAAAACCACAAGCAGAAGCAAAACCAUUCCCCACUUCUGGAAAGAAGAGACAAAAAUAUUGACUAUAUUACCGUAGAGUUAUUUUCCGAUUCACAAGUGUCAUUUUGCCUUUCUCAUUCCAUGCUGGUUCUUUUGCAUCUUUUGGGGUUUUGUUAACUCUUCCCUGUCUGUUCCCUAUCUUCUUCUCUGUGCAUUUGUCCAGCCUCUUGUUCUCUGAAGGUAUUUAAGAAUGGAUUUCAUUUCAGAUAAAACAAACGAUAUGUAUAUGGUUUCUCAUUUAUAAAAAAGCAGACUGUAGGGGUUUCAUAUGGAUGUGCAUUUAAGUUAUGUAUAUUAUUAUAUAUAACAAGGGGGGAGGGAGGGAACAAUAUACUGAAAUAAUUCAACAGUGCUGGUAAAUAUGAAGACGACAUUUUUAAAUUAUUAACUCUUUGAUUGACUGUGGUUGGUGUAUUUUGAGACUCUUAGAUCACACGUGGGACUCUCAGUCCUGCAAGAGGAGAAUGGGGAGGGUUUCAGCCGCCGUUGUUUGGGAGGGAAAGGGAGAGGGCGAGAGACGGGAGAUGUCUCGCCGGCUGAUCUGCAGUGUAUGGGGGCUGUAUUUGGAGGGCCAGUGGUGACUCGGAGGGGCAGGGAAGGAGGCUGGGGCUGUUGCUCCAGCAGCUGACAUGGGAGUCAUCUGGAAACAAGGCAGCAGCAACAGGACUGCGUUCAUUGCUCCUCUUCAGCCCACUGAGCCGUGUCAGUGUUUGGGGUGGUUUUGCUUUGUUUCUGGAUCCCAGUAAUGAAGAUACUUGAGCUUUGUAGUAGGGUCAAAGGCAGAGGGGUUGUUUCUGCCCUGGCUGCCCUGCAGCCCAGGGUGUGAUGGCAAGGGCUGCCCAAGGCGCUGUGGGCUGGUGACAGUGGUGGCAGGGUGAUGGCAGUUCCUUCAGGACCUGCCUGGGGAUGGACAGUGGAGAGACUGUGCUGUCUUCAUCCCUGCAGAGUGUCCCAGGCUGGACGAGAGAGCCCAGGCCCUCUGCCUAAGAAGGUGGGUGUCGAGGAGAUGUCCGUGGAGCUGCCUUCCCCCAGCUCAUCCCAGCUCAGCCAUUAGCCACAGGCUUCCUCUACAGCUGCCUUUGGAAGGGGAUCAUGGGCCAGGACCAGGGCCUUGUACACUGUGAACCAGGCAGUUAGGGUAGACUUGGAACCAAAACUGAAAAGGAAAGUAAACAAGUUUCCUUCUUGGAAUCAUCUCUAGCUCUGCAGAAACAGAAGGGCCCAUGAUUCUGCACCAUUUUGCCUUUAGUCUCCCACCCCUCACACAAACUGUGCCCAGAAAUAGGUGCAUUUUGCCAGGUCCUGCAGUGACUCAGAAGAUGACAGUGAGCAGGAGAGCCUGCGCUGCGAGGGUGUUCUGGGCAGACCCUGCUCACCGCCUCUGCUCUCCUAGGAGAGAGCCUGCUCCCUGGCAGCUGCGGUUCACCAGUUGCUUGCUAUUAUGUCCCUGUGAAGUCUGUUCUCUCUGGCAGAGAGGUUUCUCCUGAAAGCCUGAAAGACACAAGCACAGGCUGCUUGGGAAGUGGACAGAGCUGCUGGCUGGUGCCGGUGCUGCCAAGUUGUGAGGGUCUCCCCAGCACCUUCAGGUACCUUUAGAAACCAGACUCCCAACUGAAAAAAUAAUUAAGCCAGUUGUAACGAGGCUACUUUUCUCUCUUUUUUUCAGUAGACCCAAGCCAGCUGCGAUCAGCAGUGGCAUUUUCAGAGAGAGUGGCGGGGUCGGGGGGCAGAGGACUUGUGAUCUGCAGAUGGCACUGCUGUUCAUCAGCCACUGCAUAUUCAGAUGAGCCCACCUGGCUUUGACACCUUUACAACCCACCAGAGGCUACUGUGAAACCAGAUACUUGCUUUUGACUUUGUGUACAGUUAUGAAAUCAAAGGUUACUGUUAAAAUUAGUGGCCUUACAGAGUUAGACUUGAUGUGUGCUUGGACUGAGAUGAGUUACAUUUGGAGUGAGCAGAUCUGGCUCACUCAUCUGGCUUCUGCAGCGUGUUUAAUGGGUGGCAGUGUUUAAAAACUAUUAAAAAAAGAAAAAAAAAAAAAAGUGAAGAAAAAAGCUCACUCCUUUUUUGCCUGGCGAGGUGUGGGUUUCUGCUGCUCGGCAACAACCGAGGCUCCCGUGGGCUCAGCAGCCCCAGCCUGCCCAUCACCUCGCUCUGUUUCAGAUAGCUGAUUACUACUUGUUUUCUUCCAGGGGCCUUUCUGCUGAAAGGGGCGGGAGACAUGAGUGCCUGUUUUUACCCAGUCCCACAAAUUCAUUCCAAACCUGGCCUGCGAUCGCAUGAGUAACAAUAAAAAUAAUAAUAAUAUUUAUUUUUAUUUGAGAAGCACCUUACCAACCAACUGCAAUGCUCUGUUGUUCCUUCGCUAACUCUCCUUUUCCCUUGUUCUCCCUCUCCCCCCUUUGGUCAUACUCUUUUUCAGUGCUCGGUGGUGUAUGCGUGUGUGCUCACUGUUCUUGUAGUCAAUAAAAGUGAAAUAAAUGUGUUUGAUGCUAAAUCA